CAUGGCGGAUGAAAAAGAUCCAUCCUGCGCUCCUGUGUACUACACUGGUGGUGGCAUUUGCAAUCAGGAUGAGGGUGGAAAACCUGCAACGCAGAAAGUUCGACGGCACAGUGCAGACUCCAGCCCUGAGCCAGCAGUGGCUUCAGGUGAGGAUUAUGGGACAUUUGAUAUUGUUAAAGCAACACAGUAUGGCAUCCUUGAACGUUGCAGAGCAAUAGUUGAAGGAGGAUUUGACGUUAACCAGCGUGAUUCUGAAAAUGUUACUUUGUUGCACUGGGCAUCAAUUAACAAUCGUAGAGAAAUUGUAAGAUAUUACAUUUCGAAGGGUGCAGUAAUUGAUGCAGUUGGGGGAGAACUUCAGUCAACACCUCUUCACUGGGCUACCAGACAAGGGCAUCUCCCUAUGGUUGUACUUCUUAUGCAGCAUGGGGGAGACCCAUCUUUGUUGGAUGGUGAAGGAUGCAGUUGUCUACAUCUGGCUGCUCAAUUUGCACAUACUGCAAUUGUUGCCUAUCUUAUUGCUAAGGGACAAGAUAUCAACAUGGUGGAUCGGAAUGGGAUGACACCCCUCAUGUGGGCUGCUUAUAGAGUUACAACGAAUGAUCCCACACGAUUAUUACUAACAAUGGGUGCUAGUUUGACAAUGACGGACAGAUACCAUCAAAAUACACCAUUGCAUUGGGCAGUUUUUGCUCGAAAUCAAAAUGCAGUAUCAUUACUUCUCAAGGCUGGUGCCAACAUUUUUGCAAAAAAUGCUCAGGGUGAUACUCCACGAAUGAUGGCCUUAAGACUAAAAGCAACAUGGAUGGCCAAGCGAAUUCAGGAAGCAGAAGCUGAAAAAGAAUUAACUCACAAACAUUUUUUUAUACGACUGUUCAAAGACAAGACUGUGCGGUACUGGUCCAUGCUUGGUUGUCCGUUUAUAGUGUUUUAUAUGAUUGGUGCCAUACUGGAUUGUGAUGAGACAUAUCUUGUGAAACUAGGAAUAUUGUUCAUCUUGUGUUGUGCUAUAUGUUUUACUGGAAGGUUAAUGUUUGAUGACAGAGCACUAAAUGUCCUUCCAAUGGCAGUCUACUUAUCAACUAAGUUUUGGAUGUAUAUAACAUGGUUCACCUACUUCUGGCCAUAUGUUGGGUAUUUUUGGAUAACCUCGUUAUUCAUGUCUGUGACCUUUUUGCUAUUCUAUUGCUUCUGGAAGUCCUGGAGAGCAGACCCGGGACUUAUUCAUUCAGAUAUGCAGGAGAAGGAAAGGACCAUCAUAGAGCUGGCUGAAAGGGAUGGCUUUGAUCCUCAGUGGUUCUGUAGCACGUGUUUAAUACGUCGACCACUUCGUUCCAAACAUUGUUCAAUAUGUAAUCGUUGUAUAGCUAGGUUUGACCAUCACUGUCCUUGGGUUGGAAACUGUAUAGGGUCAGGAAAUCAUCGAUACUUUGUUGGCUAUUUAUUUUUUCUCUUGAUCAUGAUUUGCUGGUGCCUUUAUGGAUGUUUUUCAUACUGGAGCUCCUCAGUAUCCUGGUACAACGUCAGUUUCUCGAACUAUCUGUGGCAGAUCUCCUCACUCAGUGGCUGGGUAUUUUGGAUAGCAUCUAACGCUUUACUACACUGUGUUUGGGUAGCUUGCCUUUUAGUUUGCCAAUUGUACCAGGUUAUGUGGUUAGCCAUGACUACCAAUGAACGGAUGAACUGUACUAGAUACCCUCAUUUCAAGAGGAACAAAAAUGGACAUAUUGUCAGCCCAUUCCAUCAAGGUGUUUGGCAAAACUUAGUGGAUUUCUUUGAAUGGAGGUGCUUUGGCAUGCUCAAACCAGAUUCUAAAGAUUGGCGGCAAGUUUUUGAAGUGGACCAGUCAGAUGAGAGACAUUGUUUGAUCCAAGAGGGACAGUUUGUCUAAUGGAAGACACAAAUGCUGCAGUUCACAAUUAAAGAGGGUAGUCAGCAAAACAUAUACCCUGAUCUACAUAAAACUGUUCUGAAGGUUUUAGCAUGUGAUUCAUAAUAUCUUAUAUACCCAUAUAGGGUUUGGCACUACAGUAUAUUGCUAUAAUGUUUUGUUUAUGCUUGAUAUAAUGGAUUUUAUGGAAAUCGUAUUAACAGUAAUUGAUUGACUAACAUUUUUCUUCUUACCUUCAGUAUAGUCUGAUUGACUUACAUAUAACAUUCUAAUUUUUUUUGCAAAAUUUGUUGUAACUACUACAAAAACUAUGCUUACCAACAAAAAUAUAAUCAGAAAAUAAGUAGAACAUUAAAUAACGUAUUCUUUUAACUUUCUGUAAUUUGUCUGUUUAUUCUAUAAACAUAGAAUUUACCAUAGCAUAUUAUAAAAAAAAGAAGUUAAAAAACACAUAGGUUCAAGAAGUCUUAAUAGAAAUAAAUAAAAACCCUAUGACCUAUUUGGUUAUAGGGUUUUUAUUCUUUUAUAAGAAGAAGAAAGGUAAUUUAAAGUUCUUAACUUUGAGAACAACAAGUAACCUAGCUGUUAUUUAUAGAUGAGUUAAUGCAAGUAUGUUUACUUUGGUAGGUUUUAUCUUACCUAAGCUAGGUGAUUGAUUUAUAUCUCAAACUUUAUAAAACUAUUGUGACAAAUAAGUAUGCUUGAAGGACCUCUAAUUAAUUAAAUUAGUUAUUGUUUUGUACCUUGCAAGAUUCCAAAUGCAUUGGAAGGCUUUAGUAGAACAUUAAAUUCCGUGGCAUUGCAUGUGACAUUGUUGUGAAAUGCAAAUAAAUUUUUGGAAUCUGAAAAAUUCUGGCUGUUUAAAUUUAGUUUUAGUAUCACUGUAAUGUUGUGUACGUAAAAUAAUAUUGUAAAUAAAGCUUGAAAAUAUGAGUACUGUAAUGGCUUUGGGAAGGUGGUGCAUUUGUGUCUCUUGUAAAAAGAAAUACUCAGACAUAAUAUGAAAGGAUUUGGUGUUUUUACAUUUGUAUGAUUUAUUUUUUUAUUCCUCUUUUAUUGAUUGUAUUUUAACUCUUGCUUAUUUUUCCAAGUUUUAAUAGUCCAGUGAUAGUUUCAAGACAAACAUUUGUUCCUAUAAAAGGUGCCACUUGUCAGAUAGUCAGUAUUUGUUUGGAAUAUAUUAUGGAUUUUUAGUUCACUUGUUAACAAAUGUGAACUGCAGAAAGAAUGUGCAGAUAUUAUCAGAGUUCUGUCACAAGUGCAUAGUUUAGGAACAUACUCAGCUGAAGACAAUGACCUUCAAUAAAUUCAAAUGAAUAUUCUCUGGGUUAAUAAUUAUUUUCUGAAACACAGUUACCUCCUCUCACACUUUAGCUUUUUUCUGAUAAAAGUUUCUCUUUGCCCAUCCAAGCAUUGGUAAGAAUCUUACUUGCUCCAGCCUUUACAACCCACUAUAUUGCCCAUAGCAAUUUAAAACUUGAUUAUCUUCACCUAUAUCAAUGCGCCUUAUACCAGAUCCGUGUACAAGCUUCCUGUUAUUUCUCCCUAUUCACUUUUCUGAGAGUGUAAU